UCAAGGUGAAAAGAAACGUAGGUCUGCCGACAUUUUACAAUCAUGAGCGUCCAUCUGAAGAAAGAAAACUAUUUUUGCAGUAAUUUAUAGCAGACCUGAUUGUUUUGUCUAAUUCUGUAACUAUUUAAAAAUGUAUUUGCUCAACUGUGUUUUGAUGUCAAUACUGCUGAUGAUCACUGAAGGGUUCACAGUAAAGGGUUCUUCAGGUCCUCUGGUUGUUCCUCUGGGAGGUUCAGUGGUUCUUCCCUGUUCUGUUGAGACACCCUUACCACUGGAGGAUCUGGAGGUGGAUUGGAAAAGACUGGACACACAGACUCUCGUUCAUCUGUAUCAAGAUGGAGAUAUCAGACCAGAGGCUCAACAUCAGGAUUAUCAUGACAGAGCUCAUUUCUUCACUGAAGACAUUAAACAUGGAAACUUCUCCCUACUGUUGAACAAUCUGACAGCUGAAGAUGAGGGACAAUACACAUGUCAAGUUCACACUGGACAAGAGUCUGGAGAAACUGUGGUGGAAAUUAAACAUGUUGAGCGUUUAAUAGUAUCAGGUUCAAGCCGCUCUAUUUCUGCAUCUGUGGGUGAAGAUGUCACUCUGAGCUGCUCUGUGAAGUCUCACAUAAAAUCCGAAGAGAUUGAAAAGGUUUUAUGGAAGAAAACAAAUAAAGAUGAAGACAUUUCAGUUCUUCUCUAUCAAAACAACGAAACCGUAUCAGACGCAUCAGAUGAGCGAUAUAGAGACAGAGUUGAGUUCUUCACUGAUGAAAUCCACAGAGGAAACUUCUCUCUCAGACUGAAGAGACUCACAACUGAAGAUAAAGGAGUUUACAUCUGUCAAGUGAUUAAUGGACGACUAUCAGCAAACACAACUGUAAUACUGGAGAGACUUGGUUUCUCUGGUUUACACAUAAUGGUGUUGAUUCUCUGUAUUACUGCAUGUGGAUCUGCAGUUAUAAUCUACUCUCUUAUCUACUGCAGACCAGUAAAUAAAGAGUUUGUUGUGAAUCAUUCUAGCAAGACAUUCUAUGAUCUGGGAGAUUCAGUGGAUCUGCCCUGUUACAUUGAUCCACAAUUACUGACUGACAGUCUUAAGGUGGAAUGGAGAAGAUCAGACUCACAGACUCUUGUUCAUCUGUAUGAAGAUGGAAAUAUUAAAUCAGAUGUCAGGCAUCAGGAUUAUCAUGAUAGAGCUCAUUUCUUCACUGAAGACAUUAAACAUGGAAACUUCUCCCUCAAGUUGAAGAAUCUGAGAGAAGAAGAUAAAGGGCUUUACACAUGUACAGUUUACAGUGGACAAGAAUCUGUGUUUACCAUCAGCACAAAACUAGUACUUGGGCUUUUAGUGAAUCAGCGUUCAUUUGAUCCUCUGGGAGAUUCAGUGGUUCUGCCCUGUUCCAUUGAUAAAGAGUUAACAAAGAAAAAGUUGAAGGUGGAAUGGAGAAGAUCAGACUCAGAUACUGUUGUUCAUCUGUAUGAAAAUGGAAAUAUUCAACCAAAGGCUCAGCAUCAGGAUUAUCAUAAAAGAGCUCAUUUCUCCAAGGAGAAGAUUAAAAAUGGAGAUUUCUCCCUCCAAUUGAAGAAAGUGAGAGCUGAAGAUAAAGGAGAAUACACAUGUAAAGUUUACAGUGAGGACAAUUCACCACUUCCAUUCAACAGCAAUUUAGAACUGGGAUUUGUUAUGGACUCUACUAUUGUUUCUCUGGGAGGUUCAGUGCUUCUGCCCUGUUCCACUAAUCUACAUUUCAUAACUAAUAAUAUUAAGGCAGAAUGGAGAAGAUCAGACUCAGAGACUCUCAUUCAUCUUUACCAAGAUGAAGAUAUCAGACCAGAGGCUCAGCAUCAGGAUUAUCAUAAAAGAGCUCAUUUCCUCACUGAGAAAAUUGAACAUGGAAACUUCUCCCUCCGACUGGACCAUAUAAGACCUGAAGAUGAGGGAAAAUACAAAUGCGAAGUUUACAGAGGGCAGAAUUCUGUGUUUUCUGGCGACACAAGUUUGACACUCAGACUACUACACCCAGUUUUUCGUCUUCAGUUGCUUCUGGUCUUCUGUCCAAACCUCAUCAUGUUCUUUGCUUUUAUCUUCUGGGGUGUUUCUGAAGGAUCUGCGAAUGAGACAAUCUUCUGCUGUGCUCUUUAUUGUCUUAGACCUAUUUUGUUGCUCUUUGCUGCACCAUAUUGUACACAGUUUAAAGACAACAUUAAAAUAUGGAUCCUGGAUACCAGUUAUGAAACAGAAUAUAUUUUUUUCUCGACUUUUCUUUUUUCAGUUCUUUUUCAUUCAGCCUGGGAAAAAGGUUUGAGUUUUGCUGGAUUUGAAGGCAUUAUGAUAAUAGUCCUCUGUGGAAUAGUUCUUCUGUUUUGCCUCUUCUAUAUUAUUUACGUGUUGGCUAGAAUCUCUGGGAAAUUAAGUCAAAGGAUAAGUAAAAUAUUUAAUCUUCUGUCUGCUAUAAUCCGUGAUGUUCUGCCUUCAUUACAAUUUAUCCUCCUGUUCUACUUGUUUGGAUCAGCCGGAGGAGGUUUCUUCAUUGUUGCUGUUUUACCUGUGAUAACAACAACAACCAAUUACAAUUGGAAUGUUACAUGUGGGCAAAAGAUGGGAUGUUCACCUUUGGUCAGGAGAUCAGUAUGGUCUACAAUGAUGUUAUUGCUGACUGCAGUAAUGAUGUAUUUCUACAUCAUGGCACUGGAAAGGGAAAAAGAUCGUGUUGGAUGGGCCUGUAUGAUUGGAUUUCUUCAAGUGUUAUGGACAGUUUGGAAUUGUUUACAGUCAUUUAAAGAUUGGUUUUUCAUCCGUAUCACUGCUGUGUAUGUGUUUGGAUCAGUUGGUGUUGUUUUAAUCAGCGCUGUUGCAUUGAUGACUGAACUGAUACUGAAAACAGUUAAUAGUGAAAGUUCAAUGGGAGAUCUGAGAAUCGUUGUGUUUUCCUCUGAAAUCCUCUUUACUCUGUCUAUGCUGAUGUUAAUAGUAUUUGCACCAUGGAUCAAAAAGGAUCUGCAGUAUUGCCAGAUUGGAGCAAUAUGUAAACAAAAGCAAGACGACAGAUCAGACCAACAUUCUGCAACUGCAGCAGCUCAAGCUAGUGGAUCAAACCAGAACACAGCAGAAUCUAAUGAAAUGAAAUCUCUACUGAAGACUGAAGGUCAAGAUGCUGGAGGAGCUGGAAGUACAGCAGAAACUGAGCUUGAUUCAGUGAAAUCACAAACAUGAGAGAAGAUCAUUAAGAUUCACCAUGAAGGUGCUUGUCAGUGGGCUAAAUGGAUGUACCGAAUGACUUUUGGAUUAAUCCUUUUUUUUUGUAUGAGAUGUGGAUUUGGAUGCCAAUUAAUUACCAAACGACGUUGGUGUUUGUCAAAAAACAGUAGGUAAUUCGGCCAGGAAUUUUUACAUGGGUGGUAAGAGAAAAACAAGGACAUUCUGGAUCGGAUGGCAAUAAGACUGACUACUCCCUAUAAAUGUUGAAAAUACCUUUCGUCCCCACGAGAAACAUUGACCACCCUAUAAGAGGAAGUAAUUACCAUAUUUCUUCUGAAAGAAGAUGGAUAUGUAUCGUGCAUUGCUUAAGGUUGAGUAAAUCAUGGGGUAUUUUUCAUAUAUCUGGCUGGAGUAUCGCUUUAAGAUUCAUUUUUUUCUUUUUGCGAAUCGAAAAUGUGUAAAUCCGUUCUUGUGUUGCUGUAAUUGCUUCUAUUGUUUACCUCUUUUGUAAGGUGCUUUGGACAAAAGCGUCUGCUAAAUGACUAAAUGUAAAUGUAAUAAAGAUUAAUAAAUGCUGUUGAAUCAUU